CAUGCGAGUUCAAGCUCUUCUUCCCUUCCUCGCCGCUCCCGCUGCUCUCGCCGUACCAGCGAGCGAGCUGCAAGCCGUUCUCGGCGACCUCGCAUCCUACACAGAUGUUAUCAACGGCGGACUGUUUGGCUCGGUUGCCAAAGGUGUCAGCCAUGUCAUCGAGGACAUGGAGAAGACUUUUGGUCUGGCUGAGAAGUGGACCGAGAAAGGUAGAGAAUAUGUGAAGCAGAAUGGGCUCACGUACGAACUUAUCACCCAUCCUUCUUUCUCUGGACACUCGUUGCGAGUCACGGAGCCCGAGAUUUGCGAUCCAUCCGUUCAGCAGUACUCUGGGUAUCUCGAUAUCACCGAUGGAAAGCAUCUGUUCUUCUGGUUCUUUGAGUCGAGAGGCAACCCACAGAAGGAUCCCCUUAUCUUAUGGUUAAAUGGUGGUCCAGGGUGUAGCUCCUCCACUGGUCUUCUCUUUGAACUUGGACCUUGCCGCAUCGACAACGAGGGCAAGAAUGUGACGCAUAAUCCCGACUCCUGGAAUGAGCAUGCCAACAUCAUCUUCCUAGACCAGCCCAUCAACGUUGGGUACUCUUACUCCUCUGACGGGUCCACUGUCAACACAAGCCCUGUCGCAGGUCAGGAUGUCUACGCUUUCCUUGAAUUAUUCCUUUCUCGUUACACCAAAUACGCGGACCUCCCUUUCCAUCUCGCCGCGGAGAGUUACGGUGGGACCUAUGCCCCGAACAUUGCCUCGAUCAUUCACAAGAAGAACCAGGAGCUUGCCUCGUCCAGUGCGCCCGCGCCGAAGCUGCGGACGAUUUACCUGGCCUCGGUGAUCCUUGCAAAUGGGUUGUCAGAUCCAUACCUGCAGAUGGCAUCGGUCCCGGACUAUGCGUGCGAGGGUCCCUAUGCUGUUUACGAUGAUCCUGAGGGCCCACAGUGCACCGCACUGAGGACGAAAGUUCCGACGUGCCAAAGGCUCAUCAAGUCUUGUUACGAUUACAACUCAAGGUUGACAUGCGUGCCCGCCGCUUUGUACUGCUGGGGCCAGCUAUUCGGGCCUUUGCAACAGCUGGGUCUCAAUAUGUACGACGUGCGCAAGAAGUGCGACCGUGCAAAGGAUGGUGAUCUCUGCUAUAGAGAAAUGGGUUGGAUUGAAACCUGGUUGAACGACCCGAAGAACAAGGCUGCUCUGGGCGUCAAUCUAGACAGAAAAUUUGAGUCGUGCAACAUGGAAGUCAACCAGGCAUUCAUGUUCCAGGGCGAUGGGAUGCACAACAGCGCUGCGCUUCUGCCUGAAUUGAUCGAUGCCGGCGUCAGACUGCUCGUCUACGCUGGUAAUGCCGAUAUGAUGUGCAACUACAUGGGUAACGAGCGCUGGGUGUCUCAGCUCGAGCACAAGCUCCACAAGGAGUUUGAGAAGGCGCCCUCGACCAAGUGGGUCACGGCUAAAUCUGGCCGCGUUGCCGGUGAAGUUCGCAGUGCUGGCGGUGGAGGAUUUGGUGCGGGCAAUGUUACCUUCGUGAAUGUCUACGAGGCCGGACACAUGGUUCCGUUUGAUCAGUCGGAGGCUGCAUUGGACCUGAUUACAAGGUGGAUUCAGGACGUGUCCCUCACAUCUAAUUAGUGCUUGUGUACACUUUUGCCGUCGAAGUUGGAUGUUGUGUAUGCCUAUGAAGAGUAAUUGGUUGUAUAUCCAUAUCAAGCUCUCCUGGUCAUGAUCCGAGUCAUACUCAAUUCUACUCCGACUGCGUAUUU